UAUCCCCACUGGCACCCGUACCUCUAGAAAGGUAGCAAGAUGGCUGCGGAGCCGAACAAGACAGAAAUUCUGACCAUUUUUAAAAGACUACGGUCUAUUCCAACUAACAAGGCGUGCUUUGACUGUGCUGCCAAGAACCCCAGCUGGGCCAGUAUACCAUAUGGAGUGUUUCUGUGCAUCGACUGCUCUGGCAUUCAUCGCUCUCUAGGAGUGCACCUCAGCUUUAUCAGAUCCACUGAGCUGGACUCCAACUGGAGCUGGUUUCAGCUGAGAUGUAUGCAGGUCGGAGGAAACGGCAACGCGACGGCCUUCUUCCGCCAGCAUGGCUGCUCCACCAAUGACACGACCGCCAAGUACAACAGCCGCGCGGCACAGAUGUACCGAGAGAAGAUCCGACAGCAAGCCAACACGGCGCUGUCUAAAUAUGGGUCUGACCUGUGGAUUGACCCAUCCAGUGUGAGCAGCCAGCCUGCAGCCCCAGAGAAGAGACAGACAGACUUCUUUGCUGAGCAUACUCAGCCUUCAAACAGCUGGGACGUGACAGCUCCUUCCCUGACAGAACACAAUGGAACCCUCACUCAACUAUUGGAGGACACACCCAAAGCCCCCCACACCGCCAGCACUCAGCUGGAGGAAGGACCAAGCAUUGAGGGACUGAGCACUGAGCAGUCUCCCAAAGUCGCUAUAGAUGUGAAGCAAUCCAUCAUUGGGAAAAAGAAGCCCAGCACUACUAAGAAAGGGCUGGGUGCUAAGAAGGGCCUGGGGGCCCAGAAGGUGAGCAGUAAGAGCUUCUCGGAGGUGGAGAAACAGGCCCAGGUAGCUGAGAAGCUGAGAGAGGAGCAAGCAGCUGAUGCUAAGAAACAGGCAGAGGAGUCCAUUGUGGCCUCCAUGCGCCUGGCCUACAAGGAGCUGGAGAUUGACAGGAAGAUGGACAACAAGAAGAUGCAGAACAUGGAGGGUAAGAAGAGAGAGCAGGCUGAGAGACUGGGCAUGGGCUUCGGCAACCGCAGCACCAUAUCUCACUCAGUGAUGUCAGAGAUGCAGGUGAUUGAGCAGGAGACGCCCUUGGGGGCCAAGUCCUCGCCUCGCUCCAAACUGGACAUGUUGGAUGAGCCGGGCUUCUCCUCCGGACCCCCUAAGUACAAGGACAACCCGUUCACGGCGGGCGACGGCUUCGGCUCGCGGUGGGACUCUGAUGGGGGCGUGGCCUCUUUCACCUCCUCCUGGGCCCUGGAGAAGGAGGAGCCUAAAGAGGAGGUGACCAUAUCCAGCAUCCAGCCUAUCGGAGAACGGCCCAGUCGGCGGAAGGCGGAGGUGGCGGCGCCCGUGUCCGAGUCGAGCGAGGCCCGGCAGAAGUUUUCCAACGCCAAGGCCAUCUCUUCCGACAUGUUCUUCGGCCGUGAGAACUACGGCGAGUAUGAGGCUAAGACACGUCUGGAGGGCCUGUCUGGCAACACGUCCAUCAGCUCUGCUGACCUGUUUGGGGACGGGAGUGACCGUGACACAGGGGCAGCAGGUUAUGAGAGUGUGCUGCCGACGGGGCCAGACAUUGCUCAGUUCAAACAGGGGGUGAAGACUGUGGCGGGCAAGAUGGCCGUGCUGGCCAACGGCGUCAUGAACACCAUACAGGAUCGCUAUGGCGCUUACUGAAGAGACCAGGACGACCAACACCCAGCUGCAGGGGGAGAGGGAGCCAUGACGUCAUACUGACAGAGAGUGGAGGGGGGGGACAGAGCAAAUCACUACUGACUGGUAUCUAGUGAGAGAAGGGAAGAGAGAUUGCAUGAAUGGAGGGGGACCCUACACCCCCCCCCAACCCCGUUUCUGUCCAUCCACUUUAUAGAGAGUGAGACAAAGUUUUAUUUUCAGCGAAGAAAGCUCUGGAAGGUGUAAAGUAUUUUUUUUCCUGUUCUAACUAGUCUUGUUUUCUAUACUGUUUUGGUCUCUGAUUUCAACAAAUAUUAAUGAUAUAAAGUAUUCUCUAAGAAUGAUAUGAUAACCAAUCCUCUCUCAGUUGAACUAUGCUUUUUGACAUUGUUUUUCCUGUGUGUUUUCAACCGUGUCUCACUAUUUGAACAGACGUUGGCGUUUAACCAUUCAGCAUUAACAUCAUCAAAGGGAAACAGUGGUCCAGUACGGUUGAUUUAUCCGUUUCCAUUUUAGUUACCACGACAAUGGAUGACAUUCUCUGGUCGAAUGGAGUUAAUCACACCAAGUUAAAUUGUAAGAAUGUUUUAACUGAACUCCACACAGCAGGAAUCAAACGCAACACCUCCACUCUGACUGAGUGAUGCAAUCUACCAAGGUCAGGAGAUGGACCGGGGGGGUAUAUUUUAGAAGCGUAAUGACCUAGCCCAUCUUGCAGUGCAAUGUGAGUUCUUCACCAGGGUCUGAAAGGUUUUUAGUCGGGUCAGAAGAAAAGGUUGGCUUUCAGCCUUUUUCAACAGAAAGAGUUCAGUGUGUGUUAGGAAUGAUUGGGUGCUUCGACUGAAUGGCGAUGCUGGUAAGAAUGUGGAUGGUGGUCUCCUUCAGUCUAUGCUUGUUCAGUCACUGGGUUUACACAAUCACACCACACAAACUUUGGGAAGCCAAAUUAACCUCUGAUGUCGAGAAACACACUUGUAUAGAAUUCAUGAAGACCUGGAUCUGAGUUCACACCUACGUUCUUUUGUUUCUACCCUAAGAUAAGUUACUUAGACAUGUAGGGGAACGCAACUCAGCUGUGUUUCUGCAUAAUGCUCUUUUCUAUUGAGUUUCUGUUCUAAAUGGGAGUUUGAUCCCUCAUUCUGUUCUAAAUGGGAGUUCGAUCCCUCAUUCGGUUCUAAAUGGGAGUUCGAUCCCUCAUUCGGUUCUAAAUGGGAGUUCGAUCCCUCAUUCGGUUCUAAAUGGGAGUUCGAUCCCUCAUUCGGUUCUAAAUGGGAGUUUGAUCCUCAUUCUGUACCGUCUUGUUGAAUGGCAGGAGCAAUGACUAAUGGAAGGCAUGCUCAUCAGAUUGUUGUAAAACAUGUGACUGGACAGAGCCUGGCUGCCACUCAGUCCCUCGUCGUUUUAUGUUCAUUUCUGGUGACCUGCCUAUCAAAAUGAGAGAACGGGUAAGAGGAGCCUACCACCCUUGGUCAAAUGGAACCCGGGGGGUAAAUUCAGUGAGGUGUAACGUCUAGAACAGGGGUACCUCAGUACUAUUUGAGACGGUCCAGUCACGAAUGUCUUAUUUGGCAAAGAAAAUAUAUGAAUGGAUGUAACAGGUAGAAAUGCUAUAUAAUACACAUAGAGGUGACGUGAUUACCUCUUGUUCCUGACUAGUGUAUGUUCUACACAAUACAUUUCUAAUCAUGAACAGACAGGGUGUCUGGUAUCACAGUCUGGAAGGUGGAAUUGCAUUAUACCAACGGUUGGUGUUCCAGGAUGUCUGUUUUGCAUCUCAGAAGAUUGAUAUAUAUAUAUUCUGCGACUACAGAAAAAGAUGACCUUGAAUGUCACCAUUGGUGGUAGUAGUAGCGGGGGUUGAUCUAGCACCUUCCAUAGCACUAGAUAUGCACUUGGUUCAAAGUCAUUUAAUGCCAUUGUCUGUUUUGUAUGGAGGUCCCCUUUCCAUUUCAUGGUUUCUGUCUAUUUUAUUGGUGCUUGCUGAGAUGAUCAUUACAGAGUUGAGGCUCUCAUUCCCGGGCUGCAUCGGGGCAGCAGUAAUGGACUGGAGAAGGUUACACCCUCCUCGACAGUCCCCUUAGUUUGAUAUACACCACAGGAUUUUGGUGGCACCUUAAUUGGGGCGGAUGGGCUCGUGGUAAUGGCUGGAGCAGAAUCAGUGGAAUGGUAUCAAACACAUGGUUUCCAGGUGUUUGAUGCCAUUCCGUUCAGUCCGACCAUUAUGAGCCGUCCUCCCCUCAUGAGCCGUCCUCCCCUCAGCAGCCUCCACUGAUGGACAUGUUAGAUGGUUGUCUGUUGACGGGGGAAGGACAUUCAAAAGGCACCUCCUGCUUCUCUAACAGCCGUGUGUUAGUUGAGAUCAGUGUUUUACGGUAAGCUCCAAACUUGAUCCUGGGGCCCCGUUUUGGUUUUUCGCCCUAACACUACACAGCUGAUUGUAAAAUAUUCAAAGCUUGACAAGUUUUAUUUUAUCAGCUGUGUAGUGUUAGGGCAAAAACCAAAAUGUGCACGGGGCAGCCCAGGACUGAGUUUGGGGGAAAUCUCUGGACUAUACCACCACUGACCUGUUGACAUUUUCUCAUUAUUUUUAAGGCAUGACUGUCACCAUGGGUAUGGUUUUGAGUGUGUUCACCCAUGACUGUCACCAUGGGUAUGGUUUUGAGUGUGUCCACCCAUGACUGUCACCAUGGGUUUGAGUGUGUUCACCCAUGACCUUCACCAUGGGUUUGAGUGUGUUCACCCAUGACUGUCACCAUGGGUUUGAGUGUGUUCACCCAUGCGGCCCGGUCUGUCCCCCUGGAUGUGCCACUAGUGAUGAAUAAAGCCUGAUGAUUGGCUAUCCCAAUGACCCAUGAAAACAAAACAGUUAUUUAUUGUAGGCUACAAAGAGUUAGAUUUGUGUCAAUAAAGAUUGAAAUCCAUCACUA